GGCGGGUGGGCGUGGCGGGCGAGCCCUGGGAAGGACGCGCACCGCCUCAGAGGAUCCGAAGCCGGGCGCUCGGGUUUGGGGAGCUGCUUGUCUACGGGCGGCACUAGGACCCUGCGGGAAGUGGUGUGGGCGGAGUAAACGGCACCAGGAUCCGGGGGGAACCGCGGCGGGCCGGCGGCGGACAGGCCCGGGGCCCGGAGGCUGCGGGCGGCGGCGCUGGGCCCGGCGCAACGAGAGGCCCCGAGAUGCCAAGCAAGAAGAAGAAGUAUAACGCGCGGUUUCCGCCGGCGCGGAUCAAGAAGAUCAUGCAGACGGACGAAGAGAUUGGGAAGGUGGCGGCAGCUGUGCCUGUCAUCAUCUCCCGGGCCCUUGAGCUCUUCCUGGAGUCCCUGUUGAAGAAGGCUUGCCAGGUGACCCAGUCUCGAAAUGCCAAAACCAUGACCACGUCCCACCUGAAGCAGUGCAUUGAACUCGAGCAGCAGUUUGACUUCUUGAAAGACUUGGUGGCAUCAGUGCCUGACAUGCAGGGGGAUGGGGAGGACAACCACGUGGAUGGGGACAAGGGUCCUCGAAGAUGGACUGUACCUUCCCGAAGGGGCCGGAAACCGGGCAGCGGCAGGAAGAACGGAGGCACAGGAAGCAAAGGCAAAGACAAGAAGCUGUCCGGGACAGACUCAGAGCAGGAGGAUGAGUCUGAGGACACAGAUACUGAUGGGGAAGAAGAGACACCACAGCCUCCACCCCAAGCCAGUCACCCUCCUGCCCACUUUGAGAGCCCUCCAACUCCCUUCAUACCCUUCACAUCUCCCCUGCCGUUGCCGCCAGCACCCCCCGGCCCCUCAGCAGCCGAUGCAGAGGAUGAAGAGGAUUAUGACUCCUAGCGCCCUGUACCUCUGUACCCUGGCCGUGCUCUCUUCUAGUUAGUAUUAAUUGCUUUGGGGAGAGGAGAAAGGUGGAAUUGUUCUUAAAUUUAUUAAAAAAAAAAAAA